AUGGCAGAUAUUCAGUCUUCGGUAACAGAAGCUAAUCGGUAUCGCACUGAAGGCAAUGAACACUUUCGCUCAUUUCGUUACCACAAUGCGAUCUUGAGUUACACGAAAUCUCUGGACUGUCAAGAAACAUCCCAAGUGCUUGCAAACAGAGCUCAAGCUUAUCUAAAUAUACGCCAAUAUGAACGAGCAUUGAUAGAUGCUGCGAGAGCCAUAGAAUUGGAUGCAAACAAUAUUAAAGCAUUGUUUAGGUAUGCCAAAGCACUAGAAAAUUUGGGCUUGCAUGAAGUGGCAGCUGAUAAACUAUCGAAGAUCAAUCCAACUAAUCAAAAAAAUAAAGAAGUUGCAGAAUUAAAACGAUCUGUUCAAGGAAAAGUAAACUGUGAAGAAGUGAGACUGUUCUGUGGUGAAAAAGAUGAAUUCCUUCGAUCGAAAAUGCCAUUAAUGGAAAUAAAAAAUAUUGAAGUGAUAGCAAUGGAAUCAGCGGAACAGUCAUCAAAAACGGAUACAUAUGUUCUUGAAGUGGCUAAUGUUUCAGACGAACCAUCAGUACCACUAAUUCCACCUCCUCCAGCGACGUCAUUCAACUUUAUUUCAGACUUUCAAACGCUUAAAUAUAAACCAGUAUCGUUCGCAGAAUAUUUUUUAUCUAUCGAUCAAGAGAAACAUAAAGAUGUGCUGGAUGAUGUAAUCGAAACAGAAAUGAUUGAGUGUAUAAUUACUGGUUACGAUAUGCUGGCCAAUAAUUCCAAUAUUUAUUACCUGCUAGAAAGUUUAGUUCAACUUGCUGGAGUUUCGAGAUUCGAAAUUGCUGUAAUGUUUUUGGAUGAAACUGCAAAAGAGAAACUUAGACAGCUAGCAGGGCGUCAUCCGGUGAACGAAGAAUUAGCGUCAAUGUUGCAUUCUCUCUAUGUUUUAUAA